AUGAAGCACGACCUCCGCAUCUGCGCCUGCUACCACCGCCCCGUCAACUUCGGCCCCGAUGCCCUCUCUUGGAUGAUGGCCGUCGGCGUCUGCUUCAUCUUCGAGUUCAUCUGCAUCUGCGCCAUCAAGCAGGGAAAGAUCAUCGGCAAGAUCCCCUCCGGCCUCUCCCACAUCAUCGACUCAUCGGGGAACAAGACGGCGCACAACUCCAUCCUCAGAUAUCUCUUCAUGCUCAAGAACCAAAUCCCUUUGUUUGUCAUGAGGAUGAUGCUUGAACUGCAGUUCUCCUCCAAGGAAACGGCGGAUAAAACUCUCCACUCCAUGACGACAAGGCUCAGCAAUGAUCUCUCGCCGUUCAAGCCCACCGACACGGUCGACAUGGCGCUCGUCAUGGAGCACACUCACUUGUUGGAUUUUUUAUACCACUUCAUCGUGCCUAAAACUGAUAUAUCGUUUCCGCCGCACAAAAUCGAAGACGGCGAAUUUGGCGGCGAGGAGGAGAAGAAAGUGAUGACGGUGGCGGAGGCGUUUGCAGAGCCGACUCACAUGCGGAAGCUGGUGGACAUAGUGUGGGCAAUGGUGUCGAAGUUAGUUCGAGGACCGAUUGCAUUGACGAAGCACGUGAUGUUCUCCAAGCUCAUGAAAGUGUUGGUGAAACUGCCAUGGACGAUUUUGAGCAAGAUCCCCAUCCUGAAAAUGCUCAAGGAGCCAAUCGAGAACGUGCUCCAAACCUUGCAUAAUGCGAAGAAGGAUGACGGAGGCGACGAAGAAUCGGGUUCGAAGAAGAGCGACGAGAAGCCUCCGCUGCUGGAGGAGAUCGCGAUCCCUUCGGUGAUGCAGCUGGCGGAGGCCGGGGUGUAG